AUGUCUAACAAAAUGAAGAGGUUGCUGGUUCUUCUGCUGAUCCUCCUAAAGGAAGCUGGCCCGGCCGCAGCCCACAACUGCGACUGUUCAUCAUCUUGGUGUUCCUGCAGCAACAGAGGCCUCACCAGUGUUCCUCAGAACCUGACGACAACCAUCACUAUCCUGUACCUGCGGGGCAACUCCAUCACAACCUUAAGUCAGUCCGACUUCUCCAGGUACAGCAGCCUGACAUGGUUAGAUCUUCAAUACAACCAGAUCUCCGUAAUCAACAGCGGAGCGUUCUACAGAUUAUCCAGGUUAACUCGCCUGAACCUUCACACUAACCAGUUAACCAGUCUCCGAUCUGAAAUGUUUGCGGGGCUUAGUAACCUUCAGUACCUUUAUCUGUAUCGCAACAACAUCCACAGUAUCGAGACAGGAACCUUCAAUGUCACCCCGCAGCUUCGAACCCUGAACCUUUACAAUAACCAGUUAACCAGUCUCCGACCUGACAUGUUUGUGGGACUGGAUAAUCUGCAGUACCUUUACCUGUAUCACAACAACAUCCACAGUAUCGAGGCAAGAGCCUUCAUCUCCACCCCAAAGCUUCGCACUCUUCAACUUCAGAACAACAGCAUCGACACUUUCCCCGUUGAGGCCUUAUCGAAUUUAAAUACUUCAACUGUAUCGUACUAUCUUAGGUUGUCGAUGACAUACAACCAGAUGGAGACCCUCCCGUCCGCGGCAUAUGACAUCCUGGCCUCUUUCACAUACGCGUACAUUCACAACAACCCCUGGCAGUGUGACUGCUUGAUGCUCCCCUUUAAGCAAAGAAUGAACGGUUCCUAUCCAUUUGAGAACCAGAUCACCUGUGUCGGACCUGCUAACGUUACAGGGAAAAGCCUGUUACUCGCUGUAGAGGCUGAAGAUUUGAUCUGUGAAGAAACCACCACUACUGACAGUACCGGUACCACUCCAGGGGGGUUCUCAACUCAAAGCACCCCUCCAGGGGGGUCCUCAGUCCACAGUACCCCUCCAGGGGGGUUCUCAGCCCAAAGCACCCCUCCCGGUGGAUCACCAACCCCUCCCGGUGGAUCAUCGACCCCUUCCGGAGAAGUCUCCCUUCUCAUCGGCGUCCUUUGCGGGGUGGCCGGAGUCGUUCUCGUCUCGGCCGUUUCCCUGACGAUCUGGUACCGAAUCACGCGCAAAGUCAGCCCCGCCCCGUGA